UGCCGCGCCCCAUUACCUCUUCCUUUUCCCAUGUGGUACUCGCUCGCUAUCAUUUCCUUUUUCGCACCAUCGCAAUCCAACACGUGUCCUUUCUACUGAUCAGCUGUUCCUCAUCUCCUUUGCGCUUCUUGCUGGCUCCCAGCGCGUGUCACCCUCGGUCUCCUCCUCCUCUUUCCCCCCUCCCGCGUCCUCUCUCUCCUACACUUCUUGCUUUGCUCUCACCACCUCCCGUUCCCUCUCUCCCUCUCUCCGCUGUUGCCCGUCUCUUCCUCUCCGCGUUUCUUUCUCUGUUGCGUUUCUACAGCCCGCCGUUUUUCGACUUCGCGCCUGGUGUGUUUGUCGCAUUGUCUUGCCUGGUUAUUCGCGGCGCCUACCCUACCCUAUAUUUUCCAUUGGCUACGCUUGUCCCUUGCCCUCACUUCGUCGUCUCGCUUUCGUCAACUCCAUCUUCGCGUCUAAACUCCAUUUUCGCCACCUGAAGGAAGAUCUCCGCCGUCGACUAAUCCUAUCUUUUGCUCUUGAUCUGCGCGCUGACAUUGCCGGUGUCAAUACAAGGUCAGCCACCGGGCUGAAGUCAUCAGACAGACAUCGAGUCAGUGAACCAGAGAGCUACCCUGCUGAGUCAUCUCGGCGUCCCCGAGUCCCGGGUGUAGCUGAUAUAGUGCGGCGCACUGAUGAUUUGCCAGUGACACGCGUGGUUGGGCGGCCAGCGCACUGAGUCGGAGGGGUGGCAAUCGAGAGGGCGCGAGCGCGAGAGGAGAGCGGGAUCGGGAUCGGGAUCGGGAUCGGGGGGGUCUUUCUCCAAGGGGGGAAUUGUGCGUUAGUCGGGGGGUUGUUCAUCGCAGCUCGAGGCAUGGUGGAGUCGAAGCUGGAGGCUCAGCAGCAGCAGCAGCAGCAUCAGCAACAGGACAAUCAUGCGAGAGAUGGUGUCACCAUGCCGGGGGUCGAUCGACAGGAUUUUGCCUGGAAAUUCCGCGAUCAUCUGGCGCCGGAAAGCAUCAUCCCCUUGUCUCCUCAGUGGCUGGUCGCGCGCCCACCGGAGAAGACGUCGACUUCGGCCUUGCUCACUAAUCUGGAGACAUCCCGAUUGGUUGGAGGCAACAAUGGGGGCUUGGUCGGAGAGGUGCCCGGGAUGGGGAGCAAGGAGCGGCGGAAGGAUUUCCUGAGGGAAGCUGACAAUAGGAAGGACUGGUGGAGCAGCGUGGAAAGGGAGAGGGAGCGCGAGUCUGAAUUGGCUGGAGGGGGAGGGAGACGAGACAAGUGGAAAGAGGAAGAGAGGGAGAUGGGCCUUCCGGGAAGACGGGAGAGAUGGAAGGAUGGAGAUCGGGAUGGGGUGGAAAUAGUGGUGCCCCCUCCUCGGCGAGAGCGCUGGACAAUGGAGGGUGCUGGGAGUGGGAGGGGGGGGGAGUCGGGGGGGGGUGGGUCGAACUUGGUAUCUGAUCCUUAUCGCAGGGAUCGUUGGGGUGAUGCUAGUCGUGAUCUUGGGCGAGAGGGUGGAGAGAGCAAAAGGAUGGGGGGGGAGAGUAGGUGGGGUGCAGGUGGGGGUGGGGGAGGUGGUCGAGAUCGUUGGGGGUCGGAUUCACGUGAGGCGGGUGGUGGUGGAGGAUCUGUGAGUGGAGUGGUGAGUGGGGUUGGCGGUGGUGACCAUGGUGGCAGAAGGGAUAGGGAUAAGUGGCUGGAAGGUCCAGAUGAAGACAAUGGGGAUCAAAUGCAGAGGGAAAGGGAGAGAGAGAGGGAGAGGGAGAGGGAUGGUGGAGAUGGUGGAAGAGACAGGCCGUGGAGACCACAUGGGUAUUAUUCUGGGGGAGGUCAUGGGGGUGGAGUGGGUAGAGGUCGGGGGGGAGGGGGAGCUGACUUGGGUAAUGCGGGGGGGAUUGGACGUGCAGACGGCCUUCCACCAAAAAAUGCACCAGCACCUGGUUUUAGUGCUGGUAGAGGAAGGGCAGAGGGUUCCGCAUCAUUGGUGGGGUUUGGAAGGGGUCGUGGAUCAUCGAGUGGGGGUGGGGUGACUGGAAGUGGCCUUGGACCUGGAGUAGGAGGAGGAGGAGGAGCAGGGGGAGGGCUCACAGGUGGAGCGCCCUCUGGGUUUGGAUCCAGUGUGGUAGGAGAAAUGUGGGAUGGGCAACAGCCAAGUCCGUCUGCUGCGCCGUUGAAAACGCUUCAUGGAGGAGCGGUGAUGGCUUCAGAAAGUCCGUCUCUUGGGACACCAGCCAGCGGUAGUGGGGGUGGAGUAUUCAGAUAUCCGCGAAGUAAAAUGCUGGAUGUGUAUAGCAAGUGUCAGUCUUCAUCCGCAUUGGAUCAAUGCCCUGAGGGGCUUGUUGAUCUGCCGCCAAUCUCACAUUCGGAGCCCCUGCAACCGCUGGCCUUGAUUCCACUGGAUGCUGAAGAGGAGGCUGCCCUGGACAGUGUAAGAAGAGGGGAAGCACCACCCAGUCGAAGCGCUACGACGGGGCGUGCACGGGAUGAAUUGACUUCUGGCAGGGGACGAGGAAGAGGUUCGUCGAAGGAGGGAUUUGAUGCGCAUCGAGAGGAUGACUUCUAUGAUGCACCUGGGCUUGGUGGGGAGGAAGGAUUUCUUGAUCGACUGGCUGAGUUGCGCUCUAUUGAGAGCUCUGGGUUGCACCCUUGGGAGUCCGCUCGGGACGAGUACGAUGGUAUUUCUCUUAGAGAGGACUCUGGGCGAAGAAAGGGAGGAAGGGCAUCAGGGGAAGACAAUCAGGUGGGGAGAGAGGAUGGUGCUGCAUGGCGGCGUAGUCGCAGUUCAGGUGAGGAGAAUGCUGGAAGAAGUGAUGGCCCGUGGAGGCGGAACAGAGGACCAGAUGACUCUGCAACAGCUCAGGGCAUGCGGGAAGACAGGGGGUGGCGACAGGAUCGUACUACGGAGAGAGAGGAGCGUCCUACGUGGCGGACAAAGUCUGGGGACGAUGAGGUGGGGUCUUACAGGAGGGAUGAGAGGUGGAGAACAACAGAGAGACUUGAGCGUGAGGAGCGACGGCCAGAUGAACGGAACUGGCGUUAUCCUGAUGAUGAUUCUGUUCCUCACGAGCGUGCCUGGAGACGGGGGGAUGGGUCGGUUGGCAGUGUUCAGAAAUCAGCUGUGGAACCAGAGAGGCCACGUGAUGAUUCCAGGGGCUUCAGUUCCCAAAGGGCGUUGGAAAAGAGCACCUGGCGUACAAGUCGGAGCGAGGGACCCUUUGUGGAAAAGGCAAGGGGGUCAGAUCAUGGAUACGAUGGGGUGGGCGGCGAUGAGUGGGACAGGGGGACGGAUUGGAGGGAGAAUAGGGAGGGUGGACAUAAGGAAGGAGGAGAGGGGCUUGUGGAUUCCAUUGCUACUAGUGGAGGAAAUGAUCAGCGCGAUCAUAACUCAGUGGAUGAUAUGUUCUUGUACUACAAGGAUCCUCAAGGAGAUGUACAGGGGCCUUUUGGAGGCACUGAUAUUGUAGGCUGGUUUGAAGCAGGGUUUUUCUCAGUUGAUUUGCCUGUGAAGAAGCUGGGAGCUCCAGAGAAUACCCCGUUUGUUCCUCUUGGUACUGUGAUGCCACAUCUGAAGCCAAAGGCUGGCCGCUUGCCUCCUGGGUUUGAUGCGGUGCGUCCAGCAGAUGAAGCUGUCACAGGUGCAGUGAAGAGUGGCAGUGGAAGUGCUGCGGAAGUGACUUCCGUAGUGGAUGUAUUAACAAGUAAAGCUCAAGAAACUGCUUCUGCUUCUACUGAAAAGUCAGAGAAUAGUAGUGUGACUAAUGGUAGCACUGCUGGGACAUCAAUUGCAAUGGCAGAGGAGAGAGGCAAAGAUGUCUUGACAGCGAGGUCUAUCCAAGGGACAGGUGAUGAGGGAGGUGCUUCUGGUCUCUGUUCAGCCACUGGGCUCCCUUCGGGGGCGAAGGUAGCAGAUGCAAUUUCGCAUGAAGUCACAGAUCAGAUGACUGCUUUGUCAUCUACUCAACUGGCUGAGGAUCUGCUGGUGGAAAAUUUGUUGGGUCAUGGAAAAAGUGGCGAUGAACUGCAAGGGACAUCUGCUAGUGGAAUGUCGUCGUUAACUAGUCUAUUAGCAGCUGAAACUGGGGAGAGUGGAAAUAGUUCGGCACAGGGUGGUCAGAGUGGAGUCGUUGGACAGAGUCUGGGCAAUAUAUCGCCAGGGCAUGAGUCUCGUCUUCUUGAAGGUCAAACGGAUGGCGCAGCUGGAGGAAUAUCACAGCAGGGUGGGGUGAGGGCAGUGCCUGAUUUCUUUACACAGCGUUGGUUCAAUAGUGCUGACAGAGAGAGUGUGGUAGGGCAUUCUGCUGGUGAGAUCCGUCCUCGAGCUGCUAGUGCGCCAAUAACAAUACCUCAGACGGCCGCUUUCCCUGUGGAAUCUUCUUCGCCUUUCACUAUGAUGACACCAGAAGAGUUUUCUCAGUAUAGUUCAUCGCGCGGGUCAGUUGAUAGAGGACACCUCUGGCGUACAGGGCCCUUCGGCAGUGCUGAGUUAGGGCAAGGUGGCUUCAGGCACAUCACACCCACAUCCUCUCCGCAUCUUGGCCAUCAACAGUUGGAAGCUCUGGAAGCACAACAUAUGCGGCGGCAGCUACAGCAGCAGUUUGGAGCAGUUCCACCUGAUCAGAAUCAACUCAUUCUGAGGAAGAUGCAGGAACAGCAGCUGAUUAGACCUGGGAACCCGCUGGAUUCACUCCCCCCGCUCCAUGCACAACACCCGCAAGCUCUGCAGCCACAGCCCCCAAAACAGAUGGAUGGAACUGUGCAGCAGGCACAGAGUGUUCCUCUUGAGCACUUACUAAGACCCAAGGUGAUGUCUGGUUCUUUAAAUGUUCCUGGCGGUGGAUUGUCAUUUCAGCACAUUUUGCAACAACAGCAGCAGCAGCAGCAGCAGCACCAGCAGCAGCACCAGCAGCAGCAGCAGCAGCAGCAGCAGCAGCAGCAACAGGCACAACAGCAGCAGGUUCAGCAACCACCACCACAGACACAACAACCUCAGCAACAGCCACAGCAGCUGCCUCAGCAACCACAACCACAACACAUUCCGACUUCUGCGUUACCAUUACCAUUGGAACAACUCCUGAGAAUUCACCAGCAGCCUCUACCAGGUAGAGCGUUCCCGAUGCCUUCGGGCCUUCAGCAUCUCCUUCGCCAGCAUCAGCAGCAUCAGCAAGAGCAGCACACGCAACUCCAUCAGCAGGUUCUCAAUCCACAGCAUCUUCAUUUAUUGAGUGGUAGUCCAGUUCCGAUGCCUAUUGCUCCCCAGCAGCGGCAGCCUACUGGCGAGAUGCGUGUUUCAGGAGUAUGGGAGGUGAAUGAGUUUGGACAGUUUGUGCAGGCAGCACCCCCGCCAAGUUUGCGCACAAUGGAAGGACUAGAACCUCAGCCGCGGGGUCAUGAACCUCGUCCGCCGAUGCCCUUCUUGCCAGGACUAAUCGGGCAAAAUCAACUUCGUGAUGAUGCGUCAAGGAUUCUCCCUGGUUUCAAUGUUGAUGCCCGGGGCCCACUGCAGCAACUUGGAACGGACUUGGGACCAAGGGCCCCUCUUGGAGUGUAUGGUUUGCCAAGCUUUGAGAGAGGAUUUCCACCAAUGGAUGCUGCACAGGGAUCUCGCCCUGGUAUAAUGGAAUCGACAAAAGCUGGGGACUUGAAUCCUGCUUUGAAGGAACUCAAUCAGGGACCUGAUGGCUUCCGGAUGGUCGGACAAGGCAUAGGCCAUGGUGUCACUGCGGAGAUAGCUGAGAGAAGAGCACCUAUACAAUUUCCUGAACGAAUUGGGAGCUUUGGUGCAGAAAGGACAGAUAUUAUCCAGGCCCUGGCAUUAUCAGCAGAACCUGAAAGCAGAUCGUCUUUAGUAUCUGUGUCUGAUGGCCGGCAGGGUAAUCACGUCUGGACAUUGCCUGCGGGGUUGAGUCAUCAAACUCUCCAGGAGACUCGGUCAGAACUUGCAGGCCCACAUCCUCUGCCUCAGGGUCAGCAGAAACGCCAGAAGCAGGAGGAGAAGUUGGUACAGCAAGCACAGCAGUCCAUUGGAAUUGAUAUGGAGCACAGGUGGCAGCACUUCAUGACAAAUGGGGACCCUGUAGGAGCCUUAGGGAGCAUUGAUGAUCUACAAGGUGGGGUUGGGAAGGUGGUACGGGAUAUCAGUGAUGCGCCACGUUUGCCGGAGAGAGAGCCAAGAGUUGGAGGGAGCAUUGGGGGGGUGGUCAUUGCAGCAGGUGGAUCUGGCAGUGCAGAUCAGCAGUCUUCCUUGAGUUCUAAGGUGAUGGAUGGGGUUGCUAACCACGGACAGUCCAUGGAUAUGCAACCUGUCCCAGCCCAUGUCUCGUCUCCUGUUGAGCCCAAGCCCAAAACAAGUUUCGGUGUGGUAGCGUCAGCACCAGGUCUUGCUCACGGACUUCCAUCUGGAUCGGAUGCACUGUUUUCAGAAUCAGGAGGAAGCCAGAAACAGGUGACUAACCCACAGUUUGUAGGGCAGGCUGACACGCAAUCAGAAUCAAAACAGCAGUCUCAGAUCCAAGCUUCACAGCAAAAGGGUCGCCAGGAGAAGGUAGCGCCUUCUGCAGGGCAGUCGCCGCGUCAGGGGUCAGUGUCUGGAUCUCAGGGUCAACCAGAUGGUCAAGCUCAGACUCAAGUCCAGACUCCCACGAGAGAGAGAUCAAAGUCGAAGUCCCAGCUUAAGGCACAGUCACAGCAGGCAUUGCAGCAGCAAACUCAACCCCAAGCAAAUCAGCAACAGAGACCACCCCGUGCUUCGUCCCCAGCCUCCUCCUCGUCGUCUGCCCAAUCUCAGCAGGUUUCCAGUGUGGCUGAGUCAGCAGCAUCAAGUGCCAUUGCAACAGCAGCGGGCUCUGUUUCAGGAGUACCUGCAGUGCCGCCAGUCUGGAAAGCGCCCACGAUGAGGGUCAAGUCCCUUGCUGAAAUCCAACAGGAGGAAACAGAACAACAGAGGUUAAAUGAGGAGAGAAUGUUGUCAGAGCCUGCUUCUAAGGGCACAGGUGAAGCUUCAAAUACCAUGACUGCCGCAAACAACGUUUGGAGGGGUGCUUCUGCAACAGGAGCCAAGUCCCUCAGGGAGAUCCUUGUUGAGGAAGAAGCACAGCAGAAAUCUGCGGGAUCGACUGAUACAACUGCCGAGUCCAAAGCUUACGGUGUCUCCAUAACAAACAAGGAUGUAUCAGCCCGGGCGUUGGGAUCAUUGGUUCCUCCUCCUGAGAAGAUGCAGAAAGGCAAGGAUGCUGUUGCGGUUCAACCCGGAGUUGGUUUGAGUGCUCCAGCGGGCAGCAAAGUUGCUAAAGAGGUUGCUGCAACUGCCGCUGUGGAGGUUACACGGAGUGCAGGAUCUGUGAAUGGGAACAGUGGUGCCAGUAUCGUCCCUGGUGUCAAGGAGGUGGGGACUCCUGUUGUUCUGAAUUCAGCUUCAGGAUCCACAGUUGACGACUUUGUGGAGCCAAAGGAAAGCAAAUCUCGCAAACGACGUGGUGGAAAGGGGAAGGCAACUGCUGCCAGUCCUGCCGCAAAAGGUGCACCACCUGCAUCUCCGGAGCCAGCCACAUCUGUUUCACCUGCAAUUGGUCGCAAGGAGGCUGUUCCAAUCGCUGAAACAGAUGUACUGCCAGCCCCACCUGCUCCAUCUCUUGCAGACUUCUUGCCUGUGAAAGAAGAAGCUCCUCCUGUAAAUCAGCCUGCGUGGCAGAGGAAUGUUGGAAAACCUGUGUCUCUGAGGGAGAUACAAGAGGCUGAGCACAAGGCCAGGGAUGAGGCACAGAGGAAGGCAGAGCUGGUGGCUCAGCAACAUGCUCAGCAGGUACAGGUUGGUACCAGAGCCACUUCGGCUCCACGCUCGCAAAGUGCUGUUGGAGCUUCGGCAUGGCAGCGGCAACCUGGUGCUACUGCUGGAAUAGCGCAGGGCCCCUCACUGUCGGCAUCAGUUGCUCCACCAGCUUCAAAAGGAGCAUCACAAACCAAGGCUAACUCCAAGCAAACACCUUCGUCAGCAUCCAAGCCGUCCCCAGCUGCAACACUGAAAGGCGUUGCAAGUUCCGCUUCUGCAAAGCCCAAUGCAGCUUCGAAGUCGGUUCAGUCCCGAAAGUUCGAUGAUGAUGAUGAUGACGAUAUGUUUUGGGACUACGGGGAAGAUGCGACAUUGAAUCUGGGUGCAGUGAACUCCAAACCUCUUGAAAGGUUCACAGACUUUCCUACUCUGGCGAGUGGUAAAGUGACUCGCGGUCAAGCUACUGGAAAUGCUCGAGCGGGAACAGCAGUUCAAGCUGGAGGCUUUCGGCAAGUCGCUGGCUUCCAGAGUAGCAUGCCAAGAGCGGAUGUGAUGGAUUUCCCUGCGCUAACUUCAGCAAAUCCCACGGCAAAUGCGAAGACGGUAACAGCGAAAGUCCAGAAGAAACAACAGGGAGAGUCUUCAGCGAAGAAGGCUGGAACUGCAGAUGGAACCGUCGCUGCAGCUCUCACAGCAGGUGCAGCAUUGUCACAAGGGACUGGUUUCCGUCAGUGGUGUGAAGGUCAUAUCAAGAAGCUGACUGGCAAUGAUGACAUGACACUGCUGGACUUCUGCAUGUCGUUACCCUCGUCACAUGAGGCAGGCGAGUACCUCACCCAGUACCUAGGUUCGUUGCCGGCCAUUCAGGCUUUCAAAGCGGAGUUCUUGAAGCGUAAGGAGAUGACGCCUUUGAAUGUUAUCCGUUCAGAGUUUCCCCUGAGUGAGGCGGUGAUUACCGACCAGGCGAAGGGGAACGGCACUGGAGCUCUUGGUGGCGGCAAUCAAACAGCGGCCUCGUCAAGGAGUGUUGCCCAGGAGGGGGCAUCCGGCUCUGUUGAGAAGAAGGCCUGGGAGGAGAACGAGGAUGGUACAGGGCAGCAAGGAGAAGCAUCUGGUGAGGGAGGCACUGCGAGCAAUGGUGGAAGGAAGAAGAAAGGACGGAAAGCGAAGAAGGUGGACCCAUCGCUGCUUGGGUUCAACGUGCAGAGUAAUCGAAUAAUGAUGGGGGAGAUACAGAUGAUUGAGGACUGAGGAGGUCGAUUUUGGGAGCAGUAUCGGAUAGAGAGAUGUGGGGGUUUGGAGAGGGAGUGUGAGCGAGCAAGGUAGGGAGGAGCUCUGAUCAUCUCUGCAGUUGUGUUAUUCUCUUCUGUGCUCUAGGGUCAGUUGCGCUCCGUGCACAACUCUGUGCCCCUGUACUGAUAGCUUUUGAAAUUCUUUAGGAUCGUAGGAUAUGACGAUUUGCCGAGGGCUCCAUUUCCCUGAAGACGAUGACGAUGUGGGAAUCGCAUUGGCCAUACUUCUUUUUGGCUUUUGUGUUUUCUGACUUGGCCUUCCAUUAUUCUGUUUGUUAUCUCUAUCUUGAAUCAAUGGAGCAUUGCACCAUGCCAUCCAUCCUCUCUCCUGUUCCUGGCCUCCCUCUCGUCGUCUUUUCCACUCCAGGGUACAACACGGAACUCAGCAGCUUUUUUCAUCUACGAAGUUUUUUUUUUUUUUUUUUCCCAAUGUUUCCUCCAUGCUGUCCGAUGCCAGUGCGGUUUGUCUUCCUCCUGAUUUGCUGCCUCCACUGUCUUGGUUUGCUACCUGGUGCACCCGAACCAACCGUAUUGGUAGCAACCGGUGCAUCUAUUUUUGUGCUUAUCGGGUGCGCCCUCAACCAACCGUAUUGGUAGCAAGCGGUGCAUCUUUGUGGGUUGUCUGAUACCCGCAUCUGCUGUCGUGCUCAGUGAAUGUCAGCUUUGGUGUAUCUGUUGUGUAUGUAUGAUGAUGUCGUGUACGGACUCCGGAGGGAUGCAUGUGCAUGUUUGUUGGAGAGUGUGUCAUUGGUUGAUUGAGGAGAGUGUGGCGUUGUGUGAUUGAGGAGAGCGUGGCAUUGGUUGAUUGAGGAGAGUUGUUGCCAAAUUAGGCAGUACUUGUCACCGCAAAGAGUCUCGUCUGCGGCAGUUCUUGUUGGAGACGUGCUAUAUUGUUUGACUGAGAGGAGAGCUGGUAGCCACUGGUAUUCUUCCUGUAUAAGGGGAAAAUGGCUCGUCUGUUGCUGUGCUUGUCUGCGAUUGUGAAUCAGGAAGCGCACAAGCAGUCCCUUCAGAUCUGCAGUUCCCUUGAGAUCUGCAGUUCACCACGGUAAAAACAUGUGGGGUAAUUCUUGAAGUUCUGUCUGACGGGCAAAUUUUGCUUGGCAGAUCUUCAACAUAGAUACCUGCUGAUCAACACGUCAACAGUUCAAGACUCAGAACUGCAUCGUGUGGAUUUUGAGACGGCCCAUGCUUGUGUAUAUUACUUGGAGACAGGAACGGAAAUGGGAACGCCUGGUAGCCGGUAUGCCAGGUGUUCUGAUGGGUGUCGUACCUUUGUGUAUCGGCGUUGGCGAUGGUUGUUUCUCUACUGGCUUACUUAAUCUCCACCUCGUUUACUUCUCAUUUGGUGUGUUUUUGUUGAAACCUUCGUCUUUGUUUUUCUUUUUCUUUUUCUUUUUUUUUUCUUCUUUUUUUUUUUUAACCUUCGUCUUGAUGUGGAACUUGAAGUUGCAACUCUUUCAAGACGAGGAGAUGCUACGAAAGCGACAAAGCAAUUGCGCUUCAGCUUCAGGCCAAUUAUGAUCUGGGGCUUGUGAACGUUUGUGGGGAUCAUUCCUUAUGCGCUUUUUUUUAUCGUCGGAUGUUUGCAGUGAAUAGGCCAAGGUGAGAAUGGCUAGGAGUACUCUGGUUUACGCGCUUCAAAUGAAAGUCUGUAUUUCGU